AUGGCGGACGGAAAAACUCCUAAAGCGCUUCUACGAACACUCCUCGCGACUCUCCUUCUCUCCUGCCUUCUGCUCCCACUCGCUCCGGUGCGCGCGUUCGACUUGGACUGCGCAAACGAGGCCAGCGAGUCCGUUGCCGUGCUGAGCUUCUGUAACGGCAACGGGUGGCGUCGCACGUGUCUCUACGGCGGCGGUUAUGCCACGGACGGUUCCGGAGAGUGCACGCUCGUUCAAUCCGGUGCGCUUUACUGCGAGGACUGCCAAGGGAAUGCGCACAAACUCGAGCGUUGCUGCGAUAUCGUAGACCUCCGAGUUUCCGAUUCCGGUUACGAGCUAAGCGCCGGCCAACAGGCCAACACGUAUGACAUUGAAUGGGGAAUCGGUCUGCUACAGUGCCCAGGGAAUACGGGCUGUGCUACAUCUGGUUACCCGCAGUGUAACGGGGGUGGGUUCGACGGUAUUAAUUCGUGGUUCGGGUUAGAUAAAUAUUCCUAUGUGCAAGGUUAUGAAUUUUGCCCCGAAUUCAGGGGAACGAUACUGCGCGGGCUCGAGCCCCGCGGGGACAGCAGCGGCGGAGUGAAGCUGCGCGAACUAGAGCGUCCGUGGGAGGAAUCCGCCGCUGAGGCGGACGAGAUCCGCGCAGAACCGCCGCGCCCGAUUGCUCCCCUCGGCGACGGCGCACUGGCGGGCGGAAAGACCAAGAUGAGCCGCCGCCUAUGGGGAAGCGGGCGCCCCUGGCCCCCCCCGAAGAUGUAUAGCCGCCGCCUGUGGGGGAGUGGGCGCCCCUGGUACCUGCGUUCAACCGAGCAGCAGUGGGUAAAGAUUAUUGUUCCUCAAGUGUGCCCCUCUGCUGCAUUCUCUCCCACCCACUCCCUCUCUGCUGCCUCUUCUCACCUACAAAGGCAAGGCGCUCCCUUCGACUGUGACUUCAACCAGCAGCUCGCCCUCAGCCUUCCCCCCAAGCCAUUUGCUGCACCCGACUCUCUUCUCUCCUCUCUCCAUACUUAUUCUGUGUCCUCUUCUUCCCCCACACAUUCCAUUCAAGGCGCUCUUGUCGACUGUGACUUCAAUCAGCAGCUCGCCCUCGCCCUUCCUCCCAACCCACCCAACGCUCCCCUUUCUGCUCUCCAUUCUUGCAAGGCGCCCUCUUCGACUGUGAUUUCAACCAGUAGCUCGCCCUCAGCCUUCCUCUUCUUCGCCCCUUCUUUCGUUUCUCCGUCCCUCUUCUCUGAUCUCCUCCCCUCCCCUCUUGCAGGCAAGGCGCCCUCUUUGACUGGCGCUCUCUUCGACUGUGACUUCAACCAGCAACUCAACCUCAGCCUUCCCCCCAAGCCAUCCACUGCAACAAACUCUCCCCUCGCCCCUCCACCUCCCCCUCCUCCCCGCUCUGUCUUUGACAUCCAAUCACUGGAGGAGCUUGUGGAUCGCCCCAUAGCCACAGCGGCACACUGCUUCGGGUGUACAGCUGGCAGUGGUUCCAGCUGUACCGGCGCGGUGGUGUAG